CACUACUUCCGUUAAGCUCAUUAUCGUAUUAGACUAGUGUUUUGGGGCCGUCUUUUCAUGUUUUUAGGUAAAUUUACCUUCACAUGUAAGUGAUCAUUUUAGUUUGGUUUGUAGUCGACGGCGUAGCAUGUGUACCUAUUCGCUAUUUUCUCUUAGAUAAAAUAUAAUUAGGGUUAGCAUGUAGCUAAUGUUAGCUUCAAGAGUAAUACAAAGGGUUCAGCAGAGGUAGCCCAAGUUAGCUUUCAUUGCUUUAAUUAGAAGAUGCUUCAACCAUUUACGGUUUUAUAAUCAGUCUAUUGACUUUUAAGAGAUACUUUGUUCAAAUGCGAACAGUGGAAUUAGAAAUAGGGAAGUUACUUUGAACGGCGUGAUAAGUUGCAAUCUUCCGCUGUCGAGAUAUUUCUUAACGAGCUACUUUUUGUCGCGUGGUUACAAUCGUCUUAACGCUAUCUUUAAAUUGCCUGUCCGUCAGAGCAACAGGUUUGUGUUUAUUACUGCCUCAGUCUGGGUAUUUCAGCAGAAGUUACGUUCCACGAUUAUUUUGCAUUUUCAAAGGCCAUGACAACUGAAAAUCCAUGCUGAUCUGAUCUGCAGGAAGUCAACCUUCUCGUCCCUCAAAAUAAACGCACGACAUUAUCAGCUGCCAUGGAUUCACCAGCAACCCCACAGCCAGUCAUUUGUGAAGUCUGUGGAACAUACUUUGAGACACGACGAGGGCUCUCCAGCCACGCCCGCCUUCAUCUACGGCAGCUUGGUGUGACGUUGUCAGAAAGCAGCGGAGCUCCCAUAGAGCUCCUAUACCAGCUAAUCCGCGAGAGAGAUGGCUCCCUCCCCGAUUUCAAAGCAGACUCCUCUACACCUGAAACGACCCCUCUCAAGAAAACAACCCAGCAAGAGUCCAGGAGUCCCUCUGUACCAGAGGACAAGACUUCCUCUUACAAGGCAGGGGAUAGAGUUAUGACAACUCCGCAAAAGAUGGAUCAUCAGGGAUCUCCAGUUAGAUUAAAAGAAUCAGUAGCCACUCUCCUCCCAUCAUCUCCUUCUACUCUUAGGCUCUCUGAAAGCGGCAGCUCCUCCUCCUCAGAACACCAAACCAGGACCAAGCCACUGUGGGCACCACUGGAAACUGAUGCCCCUAUUACCUUAGACACCCACGAUGAGGUCCAUGUUUGCCAGCUUUGUGGCUGCUGGUACGAGACACGCAAGGGCCUGUCCAGUCAUGCUCGGGCCCAUCUGCGUCAGAUUGGAAUUCCUGACAGUGAGAUUAAGGGCAGCCCUAUUGAUUUUCUUUACCAGAUUAUGGAGGAAGAGGACCUCAAGCCAAUCAGCAGUGAGCAACAGGAGCCACUCACCUCAGACAGUCCCCCUAGGUCCUCCUCUAAACGUCCUUCUGAUCUGUCCUCUCCGCCUGUUUCUCCCCCCAACAAACGGCCUAAAACGUCAGAUGAGUGUACCUGUAUUCUGUGCGGGGAGGAGUUUGAGAAUCGUAAAGGCCUGGCCAGCCAUGCUCGCUCUCACCUGCGUCAGAUCGGGGUGACUGACUUGAUGGGGAAAAGCUCCGCCAUCGACACCGUCCAGGAGCUGGUCAACAGCGGCAUGUUAGAAGCCUUGUUACCCCCCAAAACAAACAGUUCAUCCAGCUCAUCUGCUGUGCCAUCCACCCCCCCAGCCUGUCCUGUAGCCCCGACCCUGUCUCCAGCUCUGGGCCAAUCCCAGCUCCCGUUUCCCUCCACAUCCCCCUUCCCAAGCCCAGCAAAGAGCACUCAGUAUCCUGAAGCUCCUGUUAACAAGGCCCCAAAGGCUAAGAAAGGCUUUCGGCUAGCGGUGGACCCCCUGCAUAGGAAGCCCAAGCCUGAGCCUGUGGAGAUUGAGGUUUCUGUUCAACCGAAGGCAUCCAGCACUAACAGCAACUCUCCCACAAAGAAGUCGUCCACUGCUGCUGUUGCUUCAAAGCCUUUCAAUGCAGACAUACAAUCCCCGCCAACAGUCCUUUGUGACUUCUGUGGCCAGCUGUUUGAGACCCGCAAAGCUUUGUCAUGCCAUGCGCGAGCCCAUCUGCGCCAGCUCGGCCUCACCUGGUCGAUCAAAACGUCACCGAUUGACCUCCUUAAACAGGUCAUGUUGCACGGUGAAGAAGGCAGAAAAGGGUCUUCAGCAUCAGGCAAAGCCACAUGGAACCCUAAAGGCUCUAAAAGGUCCCCGGAUGGCCCCCAGUCAAGGGAAACAGCCCCCAGCAACUGCACCACACCUCUUGAUUAUUCCAUGAAAGAGAAAUCCCCAUCUGGCAAGCAUGGGGCAUCACACACCAACACAUCCUGUGAGCUUUGUGGGUUUGAUUUUGAAAACCGCAAGGCCCUGGCAAGUCAUGCGCGGGCCCACCUCCGACAGCUGGGAAUCAUAGAAUGGAAGGCAGACGGAGCGAGUUCACCGAUCGAACUCCUCAGUGAGUUGAUCCGGAGGGACCCAGUCAAAGUGGCAGCGAUAAACCGACGCUACCGCAUGGGAGACCUUUAUAUCAAGAAGUCCCAGAGAACUGCUGCUUCGCCCUCUCUGUCCACAGACUCUGACUCUGUGCCAGGCAGUAGCUUGAAGCCUGAACACAGGGCGGGCAGAGAGGACUUGAGCGUCACUGCAGGCUCAUCCAGACAAUCACAAGGUCACACACGGACUAUUGCAGCCCACAGCGACCCCGGUGUGCGCUCGCCAAGGGGGGUCCAUCCACCAAAACACGCAGUGCCUACAGGGGAGGAAAACCAGGACACCAACUCCCAGCAACCAUCACGAUCUGGCAACAUCCCUGCUCUGCUGCCAAAGCCCCCACUAACACCGUUGGUCAAGCUGGUGGGCAAAGUCUACUCCCUGAAGUGCAGGUUCUGUGAAGAAGUGUUCCAUGGACCUCUGUCUGUUCAGGAGCAGUGGAUCACACACCUACAGAAACACAUCUUAUCACUGGGCUACAAAGGCAAAGCAUCUCCUCCUGCUGCACCGGUGGCAGCUCCAGCACUUGUGCAUCCAGUAGCUGUCUAGUCCACGGAAUUUUUCUGCAAUUCCCAUUAAAUAAGGUCUAGAGGAAAGGUCGAGGGAGGUCAAGUCAAGAGGAAAAGUGCAAAUGAGAAAAGUACCAAAUAGAUGUUCCUCUGUUGUCCUAGAAAGGGCAAACAUGAGCCAUAUUAGCAAAGCAGCAGAAUGUCAUCCACUCAGGUAAAACCAACCAGACACAAAAGAUCACAAUACUGAUUACUGGAUAUUUUUGGAAAAAAUAGUUUUUGAUGAUUAGUGCUUUCCUCCUCCUGCUCAUACAUUCCUUCCAUUUGUACAAAUCUUAAAUGUGUUCAAAUGUGAUUCAGUGUAACUUCUCCCACACUGAGAGAAUGAUCCUGGCCAAAAUUAACAUUUCUUUUUAUGUUCUUACGUAGUGAACUGGUACAGUCGGCAUUUCAUUUUUGAUAUACUUUUUCUCCUUUACAUGCCUUUGAACUGAGCCUUGUAUUAUGAAAGUACUUUUUAAAUGUUUUACUUUAAAUGUGAAAAGAUUUCAUUUUUUUCCAUCAGAUGGAAAACCAUUUUAGAAUAACACAACACUGAUACCAGAAAGUUAGAGACAGAAUUUUGACCCCAACUGAUUCAACUUGGUUGACAAAAAAAAAAAAAAAAAAAAAUCAACACCACAACUAUCUUGACCACAGACACAGUGUUUCUCUUCCUGGCAUCUACUUCAGGUAUAACUGCUACUAAUGAACUGUUUUUCUCUUCUUUUUACAUUUCUUUUUUUAACACUUGUGAUGUAAAUUAAAUUAUGUCUUGUAUAUAAACAUAUAGUGUUUGAAACAUGCUUUUUAUUUGCAAAUGAAAAUUAGUUGACAUGAGUGUCUUUACUAGUUAAUAAUCACAAACAGCCUGCACUUCACCUGUGGUCACAGUCCUCAAUGUAAGACUCAGAGAUACAGAUACAGUUUGUCCACAUUGGCAGUAGAUGUACUUGUCUUGGAAGUUUCUAAUGCAAUCCAAUACAUUGAACAAUUUCCCAUGAAAUUCAGCACAUAAAUUCUCUCAUGUCUCCAGUCACCCACAUGUAUUUUUGUAUCUUCUGAUGCGUUUUCCCUUUCUUGUCUGUUUUCAUUUUUUA